UGGGGACAGGGGCGGGGCCCCCUGGGAUUGACGACUGCGCAGACCAGGCGGGACGGCCCCUUUGUCUUAGGGAGCUGAGGCAGCCGCCGCAGGGCGAAAGGUUGCGGUCGAUGCCCCACAGGAUCCUCUGAUUCCUCUUGUCCUCACAGACCCAAGAAACCAAGAUGGCAGCCACUGGACUUCUGCCACUGCCAGCAGGACCUCAGGUCAAGGUGACCUUCGAGGAUGUGGCUGUUCUGCUGUCUCAGGAGGAGUGGGCCCGCCUGGGCCCUGCUCAGCGGGGCCUCUAUAGAAAUGUGAUGAUGGAGACCUAUGGGAAUGUGGUCUCUUUGGGACUCCCAGGAUCCAAGCCUGUUGUGAUCUCCCAGCUGGAGCGAGGAGAAGAUCCAUGGGUCCUGGAUGGGCAGGAAACUAAGCAAAGCCAGAGCCUGGGAAGUGGCCACUCAGAAUGGAAAACCAAGGAAGAAAACCAAAACUUGAGCUUACAGCCAUUGAUUUCAGAUGAAAAAACAGUGAUUCUGGAAGAAACACCAUUGAAGAAGGCUAAUGAACAUCACAAAACUGAGCAGAACUUCAGCCCAAGUCCAAGCCCUGAUGGCCCCCAUAAUGUCCAGGGAUCAAAUCCUAAUAUACCAAUUGCUAGACAACAAGUGGCUCCUAGCGUCGAGAGACCCUACAUGUGCAUUGAGUGUGGAAAGUGCUUCGGUAGGAGCUCGCAUCUCCUUCAGCAUCAGCGAAUACACACUGGUGAGAAGCCCUAUGUGUGCCAUGUGUGUGGGAAGGCCUUCAGCCAGAGUUCUGUCCUUAGUAAGCACAGGCGGAUCCACACAGGUGAAAAGCCCUAUGAGUGUAAUGAAUGUGGCAAAGCCUUUAGAGUGAGCUCAGACCUUGCCCAGCACCACAAGAUACACACAGGAGAGAAGCCUCAUGAAUGUCUAGAAUGUGGGAAGGCAUUCACUCAGCUGUCACACCUCAUCCAGCAUCAGCGAAUCCACACAGGGGAGAGGCCAUAUGUGUGUCCCUUGUGUGGGAAAGCCUUCAACCAUAGCACUGUCCUAAGGAGCCACCAGAGAGUGCACACUGGGGAGAAGCCUCAUGGGUGCAGUGAGUGUGGGAAGACCUUCAGUGUGAAGAGGACAUUGCUACAGCACCAGCGGGUCCACACUGGGGAGAAACCCUACUCAUGCAGUGAGUGUGGCAAGGCCUUCAGUGACCGCUCUGUGCUCAUUCAACAUCACAAUGUGCACACUGGGGAAAAGCCAUAUGAGUGUAGUGAGUGUGGCAAGACCUUUAGCCACCGCUCCACCCUGAUGAAUCAUGAGAGGAUUCACACUGAGGAGAAACCCUACGCAUGCUAUGAGUGUGGGAAAGCCUUUGUUCAGCACUCGCACCUCAUCCAGCACCAGAGAGUCCACACCGGAGAGAAACCCUACGUGUGCAGUGAGUGUGGACAUGCUUUUAGUGCACGCAGGUCCCUGAUCCAGCAUGAGAGAAUUCACACAGGCGAGAAACCCUUUCAGUGCACAGAGUGUGGCAAAGCGUUCAGCCUGAAGGCAACUCUCAUUGUGCACCUGAGGACCCACACGGGCGAGAAGCCCUAUGAGUGCAAUAGCUGUGGCAAAGCCUUCAGCCAGUACUCAGUACUCAUCCAGCACCAGAGGAUCCACACAGGAGAGAAACCCUAUGAGUGUGGGGAGUGUGGACGUGCCUUCAACCAGCAUGGGCACCUAAUUCAGCAUCAGAAAGUACACAAGAAGCUGUGAUCCAUGGCUGUCAGAUGCCCAGUUUAGAACGUGACCAGUUUUCCUCCCAGGAAGUUCAGUUAAAUCUGAGGACCUUUCCUUCCUAGCGAAAACGUUCUACAAAUGUUACUUCAUGACUUUGCUAAUUGUAUUGAAUCAUUCUAAUACUGUAUUUAAAUUUACUUUUGGGUUUGUUUUGGGGGGACAUCUUGAAACAAGGUGUCUGUGUAGGCCUGGCUGUCUUAGAACUCCCUCUAUAGACCAGGAUGGCCUC